AGAUUCAGAAGGUGUCCGAAGACUCUAGAAAUUGCUAAAAUUUAAUCUCUGGGCCAGGCAUGGUGGUGCGUGCCUGUAAUCCCACUUGGGAGGCUGAGGCAGAAGGAGGUUCGACACCAGCCUGAGCUACUAGUGACUUCAAGGCCAACCUGAAUUAUGUAGUGAGACCCUAUCUCAAAAGCAAAACAAAAACAUCUCUCCAGUGAUUACUAUGGUUAGGUCCACAAAGGCAACUCCUGUUCAUAUCCCUUCAUUGUGUUCCUGGGAUCAGACCAAGCCACAAAAACCAGAACCACCUCCUCCAGGAUCAGGAUGAGAUAGCAGCUGCUGCUCUCAGAAACAGGAACUUGGGCAAGGUGGCUCCUCAUCCUUUGUGAUGCCUUCAGAGGAAGUGGGUGGUUGUGAGAACCACAGGGUCUGCAGAUGAAGCCAGUGCUCCAAGGACCUACACCUGUGUCUCUGACACAGCUCAGAGCCCUGGACCUUCCUCCCUGGCUGGCUGUUCUGGGGAGGCCGCCAAGUCUGAGAUCACUAAGGAGCACUGAGCUUUUGCCCCAACCCCAGUGUACUGCUGACCACGGACAGAUGCUGAGCUUCCCAAGCCCACUCCAAGAGCCUCUCUGAAGAUCCUCCAGAAGCCGCUAACAUGUCCAGCUGAAGCAUGCGUUUUAGCAGAGUGUCCUCCCCAAGCCUCUGAUGACAAGAAACCAAUUCCCCUCAGCAAUGUGCUUCUGAGAGCUCAGCUGAGGAGCAAUGGGAAGUCUGCCCAGCAGAAGGAAAACCCUGCCAAGCCCAAGCGUGAUCCCCUGUGUCCAAGCCCAGGGACCUGAGCCCUUGCAAGCAGAGAGGUGCCAGGCCACAGCUGUGGCCCUGGGCAGUUUCCCGGCAGGCGGGCAGGCAGAGCUGUCUCUGAGACUGGGAGAGCCAUUGACCAUCAUCUCUGAGGAUGGAGACUGGUGGACAGUACUGUCACAAGUUUCCGGUAGAGAGUACAGUGUCCCCAGCGUGCAUGUAGCCAAAGUCUCCCAUGGGUGGCUGUAUGAGGGCCUGAGCCGGGAGAAAGCUGAGGAACUGCUGUUGCUGCCUGGGAACCCGGGAGGGGCCUUCCUCAUCCGGGAAAGCCAGACCAGGAGAGGCUGCUACUCCCUUACAGUCCGACUCAGCCGCCCUGCAUCUUGGGACCAGAUCAGACACUACAGGAUCCAGUGCCUUGACAAUGGCUGGGUGUACAUCUCCCCUCGCCUCACCUUCCCCUCACUCCAGGACCUGGUGGACCAUUACUCUGAGCUGGCAGAUGACAUAUGCUGCCUCCUCAAGGAGCCCUGUGCCUUGCAGAGGUGUGGCUCACUCCCUGUCAAGGACAUACCCCUACCUGUGACUGUGCAGAGGACAUCACUCAAUUGGAAAGAACUGGACAGCUCCCUCCUGUUUUCUGAAGGACCUACCACCGGGGAGGCAUCUCUUCUCAGCGAGGGUCUCCGGGAGUCCCUCAGCUCCUACAUCAGCCUGACUGAGGUUGUCUCCUUGGAUGAUGCUGAGGUCAAAAGCAGAGGUCGGAAGGGGAACCAAGGCUGUAGCACCUAGAAGGCCAACUUGGCUCAAGCUGAGCACCCUGGAAACAAGGCUGUGUACACUCUGAGGGGAGGCCUGGGACACAGGUGCAUCCAGGGUUCCACCCGACCUUCUGCUUCUUCCUCUCGGCCCUAAAAAGUCACUUACCUCCUCCCCUGGCCAUGACCCUGCCUGCAACUUCUAGUUGGAGUGCAGGGCAGUUGGGAGCAGGAUCAGGGCUCCAGAAGAGAAUAAACUUCCACUGGGCUCAUUAGGUCCUGGUGAGUCCCAUUCUGCAUGCUAUUAACCAGCCCUACGUACAAUGUGAGAAGUCACCACUAACAUCAAGGAGAAAAAAUAAUUUUAGAAAAUUGACAGGUCUCAGAACAUCAACACACCUUGGAGGGCGACUGUGGCCCAGAAGGAGAAGGAAACAAGUGGUGGGUGACUGAUCACAACAGCAGAUCCUGGGUUUCCGCCUCCACCUGACCUCCAGAACAAGCAGGACCACUUAAAAUCCAGGUCCUCAAAUGUUCCCUGCAAGCCCCUUCUCUGGACAGCCCCAGCUUUCAGAUGUUUCAUUUUGUAGCUUAUUCAAAAGCAGCCAAGUUCUCCCAUCUCCCUGGCCUAGCCAUCUUGUGGCCAAAUACGAAAUGACACCUCUUCCCCUCCCCUCCAACCCACAGGGUCUCACUAUGUAGCUCACACUUGUCCCUUGCCUCAGUCUCCCAAGAUUAUAGGUGUGCACCACCACACCUGGCUCAAAGUGACACCAGUUGAGCCUAACACACUGUAGGUGAGCGCAGAGUGCAGUGUGCAGGGCAGGGGCAUGGGAAAGUAGUGAGCCCAUUCUCCACAGUGCACCCAGGCACAGCCUGAUUUCCCUGGUGCCCACAAAGAAAUAGAGGCCUGGGUGGAGUGGCAAAGGGAGCACAGAGGGAAAGAAGCUAUCACCUCUGAUGCUGCUCUGAGGCAGUGAGGUGGGAAAGGGUUUAUCAGGUAUCAUCAACAGGUUCUCAUUAAAGAUUUGUUUAUUCAAGUAUCUGAAAACAUUCUACAAUGGAAACAUUAGCUGCUGUUUGUACUAUGCUAUGGACCACACACAUCCUGCCACACUGUUUUCAGAAGGCUUGAAAUGCCACUGAUAGUUUAAAAACUGUACACCGGAUAGAGAACUAAGGAAGAC